AUGGCGGCUGACUGCAUUGCGUUGACAGAAGAGGACAUUCUGCAUACCAGCCGGCGAACAUCAGCCGGGAAGACCUACAAGAAGAAGAAAGUUGGCAAUUAUAUCUUAGGGGAGACGAUAGGUUCGGGCUCAUUCGCCAAAGUCCGGCUCGGCACUCACAUUCUCACAGAUGAAAAGGUUGCAAUUAAAGUAAUCGACAAGAAACUAAUCGAGAAGCGGGAAUACACAAAGCGAAACCUUCACCGGGAAGCAGUCAUGCUGCAAAGACUGAAACAUCCAAACAUCGUGCAGCUUUACGAAGUUCUCGAGACAAGUAAUAAUUAUUAUCUGAUAUUGGAGCUUGCAGACGGUGGAGAACUCAUGAAAUAUCUGUGCGAUAAACAAAGGUUUACAGAGAGGGAGAGCCGGAAGUUUAUGCGACAGUUGGUUUCUGCAGUUGAUCACAUGCACCAAGCUGGCGUUAUUCACAGGGAUAUCAAGGUUGAAAACUUUCUCAUGGACAAAGAUUUGAAUCUUAAAAUAAUAGAUUUUGGUUUAAGUAACAUGCUUAGUUCUGACGGUGUACUGCGAACACAGUGCGGCUCACCAGCGUACGCGGCACCGGAGAUAUUCAGCAAUGCCACAUACGGGCCCGCAGUCGACGUCUGGAGCAUUGGUGUUAAUAUGUACGCCAUGUUGACCGGUGAGCUGCCGUUCAAAGUAGAGCCACCUUCUAGUAUAUCCAAACUACAUAGUUGCAUAUUACAAGGAUGUCGUAUACCGCACACAUUGACAAAAGAUUGCAAAGAUCUUCUUGGUAAAAUGCUGACACUGAGCGAAACUUCCAGAAUCACUCUCCGAGAGAUUAUGAAACACCCUUGGAUGAACAGAGGCUACUCAUCCUUACUGUAUCCGACCAAGUACCCCGUCAAAUACGAUGAUAUCGACAAAUCGGUCGUAUCCAAAAUGGCGGAACACGGAUAUGAUCCGGAAAAUGUUGUUGCCAUGGUAACACAAAACAAACCUGUUGCAGCUAACGAUGACCACAGAAGCGUCUUGUCAGCCGAAACAAACUCGUCGACGCUGCGUUCUUGUGUUAUCACGGAGAACAGCAAAUGGAAAUCGGUACGGACGGCGUUAUUGAAGGAGCGGCCCACUAGAGGACGUUACUAUCGGGAGGAAGUCGACAGAAGCAAGAGGCUCCGCGACGUCGCAUUUGCUCGGAAUGUGUCGAAACUAUCAAAUGAUCCGAUGUCCUCGUACAGAAAAACGCCAACUCGAGAAAAAGUAAUGGAAGACAUGACUAAACACAUGAACGUGUUAAGCCAGAAAAACGGCUUGAACAAUGUAGAAAACGUUUCACGGUCUAAGGCACCUGUGAGAAUGUGUUAUAUACAGUACGAUACUUGGUUGCACCAGCGGAAUAGUGAGCCAGAAGCUCGGCGAAAGCACUUACUUUUACAAAAGGCGGGGAAAAAAGGUAUAUUGGCGAAGACCGACAUUGUCGUCGUCGAUAACAUGUCGAGUGACGUAGAACGUGAAAGCUCGUCACCGCAUUUAAAAUCAGGCGAAACAGAAGACAGUCUCGCGGGUAAAGGAAAUUUAAAUGAAACAUUUGACGUUAACAAUCUUGUUCAAACGGGAAACCCGGAGAGCACAGUUGAUAAAAUCGCGGUAGAUAAUAGCAAUGAUGAAAGCGCUAGUGACGUCACGGUUCCACAGGAGUCCAUCGUGACGUCAAGGAGUGUUUCAGAGAUCGAGAAAACGGAACGUGGAAGCCAUGUCAGUGCUGAUAAAAGUUUGGACACAAUAGAGGGGGAAAGUGAUGACGUCACUACUGCACGUAACGAGAGCGACUAUAACUUGAAUUGCCGCCAAGACAGAGGCGGUGGUAUUCCAAGAGGGUCGUGGACCCCUAUCGAAACUGUAAGCAAAUCGAACCAAAACGAAUCAUAUCAUUUCAACGCAAAGGAACUUAUGAGAACAAGCCGGUGUAUUAUUAUUGUGAAUGGCAGAGAGGAAGAUUUCAGUUACGAUAAUUACAAAUUCAAGGGAAGACGGCAAAACAACGCAACGGCGGUGACAACACAACAUCGUCGACCGAAAACUGAACCUGAUGUUGACACAAGCAGAAAAGACUAUUAUAAAGUGCAGCCACUUGGUGUAUAUUACAAUUUCCGUACAAGAAUCAGGCUCGUUCGCAGCCAGCCACACCUAGGACAUCACUGAGACAAUACCAACCAAUUAUUAAGCCACAGAUACCCAUAGUGAAAACAUACACCAGAACCACCCUCGUCCCAAACGUACAAAUGCUGUCAUGGAAAAAGAGUAACAAUAUUACAUUUAAUCGCGGAUCUGG